CUCGCUGUGGUUUGCGUGAUUCAAAGGCGAUGAUGACGAAGUGUCAGAGAACAGAAAACUCAGUUUAGGUGGAGCUGGACUGUUACUGUCAACCAAACUAGACCGGACUGAAAGAUGCGCACUUACUGUGUACUUCCACACUUUUUUGCUGCUCUUCUCUUGUGUGAUUAUGGGAUGUUCUCCACACCAUCACCAUCUCCUUCAGGGAUCCCCACUAAUGCAAUAUCAACGAUAUCCGACUCUAACACUACUGUGACGACAGCUAAAUCCGUAACAGCCGGGAAUGGCUCGAGCACGUUAGAAUCUGGCUUAGGGAAAAAUCUGCCAAAUGAUUUAAAUGGUACGACUGAGAGCAGCAGAGACCAUUCUGUCACUGAAUCUCAAAGGGUUAAUGGAAGCACCAGCAGAGCGAUCGCUUCAACAGCAAGUCCAGAGAGCACCACACACAACGUGAAGCACCAUACUACUCAAGAAAAAAAAGUUUCAGAUUCAACAACGGUUACAGGAGGAUUGAAUACAGGAGAUAAAACAUCAAUAACAGGAGGUGUCAUCAUUUUGAUCAUCAUCCUGCUCCUGAUUUUUUCUCUGCUUGGCAUUUUGUACUAUCUGAGAAAGAAAGCAAGGAGUUACUCAUUUGAUCUGACUCACGUCGACGUAGCUGCCAAUGAUUACACUGACACCCCGCUCAGGAGCGACCAACAAGGCAUAAGCUAUGAACAAACUAACAAAGAUCUGCCUGUGUGUUCAGACUAUGUACAAGAGGACAAGACUACAGAGGAGAAGACUAAUCCCAUCGCAAAUGGGUCUUGUGGAGAGAAAACUGAACAAGCACCCACCAAUGACAACGAUUAUCAGAAUGUUCCAGAAGAGAACAGUUUCUCUUCAAACUCGAGCUUGAGUACACCCAUGAAGAACGAGGAUUUUAACCUGUACCUAAAUCUGCUUGGAGGUGAUUUAAACGAUUUGACCGAAGCUGAAGCCACCGAUACGACGCAAAAUGAAAACAACAAUAAUGUCAGUAAUGCUGAGCAGGGAGCAGCAGAAGAGAUCUUCACUGAAAUCAGUCUAGAUGAGCCAAACUAGCAUGCAUAGUGUGUGUUUCCAGUGCAGCGGUCAAGAUCUCGGGUGUCCGGUACCUAGAUCCAAACUAUAGACUAUAUGAGUGCAAAAGCAUCCUUCUGCCAUUCUCACUUUAAGUUCUGUUUCAUCUACUGCUAAAGGAGAUUGUAUACUGUACAUAAAAAAAGAACAUUGAAUCAUUGGUUGAAGUUUAUGUAAAAAUUUUAAUGCUUUAUAAAAUAAUUUGUGGCUAUAAUAAACAUUCGCUGUGUAAUGCAA